CAAGCUCUGCCCCUGUCUGUGACUGUGAUGCAGAGAGGGACAAUCAGCUCACUCACAGAACGGUCAGUCUGGAUGUAGCACUCACAGAUCACACAUCCUGUCAUACGGAACUAUUCCUGGUUGGAUUCAAUAUGGGAAUUGUACCCCAGUGUUCUGGCCACAGCUCCAAGGCAGUUAGCAACAGAGCUUGACGUAGCUGACAUGAGACAGUGAUAUCGGGCAGUGAUAUCAGACAGUGAUAUCGGGCAGUGAAUGUCGUCUCACAGAGCACAAAGAGACAAGAAGUGACCGGUGCUCGACCAUGUCGCUGCUGACUCGGACUAAAGGUUACUUUGUGGUCAUCUGCCUUCUGAUGUGUGGCUUCCUGCUAACGUUCUCCUGGCGACUACUUUACAAUACUUACGACUCCUCGGGACUCAAGCCGCUAGCCGCCAAGACACCACUACGAACAUUCAGAGAAAUUGCUCAAAAUAUAAGUAGGUCAAGGUCAGUAGUCAAGGUUGGCCCAGAGGUCACCACAGAUGUCAAGGACAAAGGUCAGAAUGGAAGAAAGCCCUUCACAAAAGAUGAAAUUGGGAGUAUUUUGUCCAAAAUCCACGAACUUGGAUUAUCCGCUUCAGAAGUCCAGGAGAAGCUGUUGUCAUGGCAACAACAUCCUGGUUCUUUCAGAAACAGUUCAGAGUCCAGUGUACUGCCCAAGUCUUCAGGAGUUAAAAUACUAGAUAGGCAGAGUGAGAAAAUACUGAAUAAUGAGAGAGCAUUGAAAAGAGAGCAGGCAUCGGAGAUAGCACCUGAGAGACAGCUGGCAUCAGAGAGUCAGCGGGCAUCUGAGAGAGCACGAACACCGGAGAGAGCAUCAGAGAGAGAGCGGGCAUCGGCAAGAGAACAGGCAUCUAAGAGAGCAUCUGAGAGAGCAUUUGAGAGGGAGCAGGCAUCAGAGAGAGCAUCACAGAGAGAGCGUACAUCAGAGAGAGCAUUGGAGAGAGGAACACCAUCAGUGAGAAGGAAUGGGACGUCUCUCCUGCCUCACAGCGAAGAGACGUUUGGUGAUGAAUCCGUGCACACAGGCAGAAAUAAAAUAAGCAAAAUCGUUCAUGAAUCAUACAACAAUCCUCGUUCUACGCAGUUUCAAGGGUCAUCCUCUGAUCAUGUCAACUUCCCAACACAGGGAAAAGGUAGUCACAGACGCAAAGACAAUACUGACACACGACAUAUACGAAAUGACCUACAAGUCAAAGGUGGUGGCAGUGACGGGUUCAAGGUUGUGAAUGAAAACAAAAACUUAAAUUCUGGGUCAAGGUUAUCAGGGAGUGACCUUUAUACAACAUCUGGUAAUAAACCAGAUCAGAAAAGUAAACGAGACAAAUAUUUGCUAUUUCUAAAAGAGAAAUUUGAAAGCAGUAAAACAAAGACUGUAAAUUUAACAAGGAGUUCGGGUAAUUUGAGAGUGAAAGAAACAGGGGAACCUUCUAUGUCACGUGACUCCCAUCAACUUAAGAUGUCCGACGUGAACGCACACAUCACAUCAUUGCCGUCUACUACAACGGUGACAGUGACGCCCAAAAGUACAAGUCGAACAAGCCAUGAUCUUUCAUUAUUCGAUGAAUUGAAGCGGAAAUAUCCAUCAUUUUCCAUGGACCUCAAUGAUGACCUUGACAAGGACCUCGAGGUCGAUGGGACACAGAGGCCGGACUACUGCGCUGGUUGUUUCGACUUCAACUUCCCCAUACUAAUAAACCAUGAAGGAUUAUGCAAAUCAAGUGGUCGUUCACAAAACCUGCAGCUGCUGAUGUUGAUAUCGUCAGCACCGGGCAACUACCAGGCCCGGUCAACGAUACGCCAGACCUGGGGUGCCAAGUGCCGGGAUUCGGACACCAUGAAGUGUUUGUUUGUGGUCGGCCUAGCCUCGUCAAGUGAAGACAAUGAUAAAAUUCUACUUGAAAACGACCAUCAUGGAGAUAUAUUGCAGAUUGGGUUCAAAGACUCUUACUCCAACCUUACCUAUAAAACUGUGUCCUCGCUGAAGUGGGCUUCCAAACACUGCUACAACGCCAACUACAUCAUGAAGACGGACGACGACAUGUACGUCAACACUGAGCUCAUCCCUAUCAUGUUGCAAGCAGCGCCGCGUAGAAAGUUCAUGGGGGGGUCGUGCUGGGGGACGUCGAACCCCAACAGGGACACGUCGUCAAAGUGGUUUGUUUCAUUUAAAAGUUUCCAUAAGCCAAAGUUCCCCCCAAUGUGUUCAGGAACAGGAUACAUCAUGAGCAUGGAUGUUGUGCGUUCCAUGCUGUUCUCUUCGCGGAAUGUUCCGUUUUUUCAUCUGGAGGAUGUGUAUGUUGCUCUGUGUCUUCAGAAAUAUGGCAUUCUGCCGAUCAAUAUCAUGGGCUUUAGCAACAUGUUCCAAGAAUUUGAUGCCUGUCAUUACAGAAAUGGCGUGAUGACGUCACACCAGGUGCCCCCUGAACUAUUGGAGGAAUACUGGGCAGUAACGAGGAAGUGUCCCCAAGCCAACAUUGCUGCAUCUCAACUGUAUAUAAUCAUGCCCUACCCGGAUACAUAGUGUUGCCAUGGCAACAAUGUGUGUUUCUAUGGCAAUAACUGUAACCAUGGUGAUGUUGUCAAUACAAAUGUGAUAUGACUGUCUGAGUAUUUGUAAAGGUAUUCGCUUUACCCAUUGUCCUCUUUAAGGCUGUAGUGGCACACCCAUGCUUGUAGUGUGUGAGUUGGGCUCAACGCGCUGAUUUUAACAGUAUUCCAGUUUUAGCACUGCAAGUCUGUUUCAUGUGGGAGAAAAGCCUGGAGUAACGCAGGUUAUGAUAUUAACAGUUCUAAUGUGAAAAAUAUGGAAAAUACUAUAAAAGUAUUUAGUCCUAUACGGAUGCCGACCCCUGUUAAGUGGAUGCCCCAGUGCAUUGGAUGCCAUGACACGUGUGUGACACAAAAUGCCAAUAAUACAAUAAUGGAAUUUA